UCUCAUUAUUAUUAUUAUGAUUAGACAUAAAAGCAGGCGUCUUCAAGGUUCCAAGCCUGUUACCACUACCUACCCUCCUUCUCUGUAAAGAUUGGAGAGCCACGAUUUCCCUCUUCUCUUGAGAGUUGAGCAGCUCGCUUCACGGUCCCACCAGGUGUAUAAAUGGGAUCCGGAGUUCUUCCUCCAGACCUUGAAUUGGGGCCAAGGUGGCCCUUCGGAUAACCUGCUCUGGAUCCAGGAAGGACCUUAAAGGGGGCAACAACAGCACCUUGAGUCUCACCUGGAAGCCAAUCAUCAAUCCACACAGCUCUGGGACCUCUGGAGUGCACUGACCCCUCUCUGGGCUGCCACCUUUUGCACCGGCUGAAGCUCCUGCAUGCUUCCCAGGGUCGGGGCGCCUCGCACACGGAGGUGGCCCGGGACGGGGGGGGGGGGUUGCAAGAGAGGUUCGGCAGAGACGGAGAGACAGAAGGCAGAGCCAGCCCGGCUUUUGCCCUCCUCCCCGGGCAUCCCUCGCGAGCGCCGAGCCCUUUCAGGCCGAGCAGGAUCCCCAUCGUUCGCUGGGGCCUCGUCCGCCUGGCCGGGCUGCAGGGAGGCGGCGCGAGGGCGGCUCUCCCGCGGGGGCUGCGUGGCCCGGCUGCCCGGCAACCCAGCGGCGGCGGUGACAUGGCGAGCAGGGCAGCUGGGGCGACGGAGCGAGAGCGGGGGAGCGGCCUGGUAGCGCUGCCGGAUGAAGACAAAAUUAAUAAAGAUGAUGAAGCCAUGGCUUGGAAACUUCUCUCACUUGCUGAGGUUAGCAUUAUGUUGGAACAAGACAUAGCAGGAGUUGAGAAGAGUCUGGAAGAGUUUCUGAAUCUGAAGCACCGACUGACUAAUUUGAAGGAAGCUGCAUUACUGGAUUAUUAUGUCUCUGGAUUUUGGUGGGCCAAAGGAUUAGACUUCUCAUCUGUGCAGAUUGGAGGGUUCUUGACUCUCUUGAAUUUGUUGCUGGAUAAUCUGGAGACCUAUCACAUGACCCUGGAAGAGAACAUCCAGGAACUUGCCAGCGCCAUGGCUGGCAUCGGGCUGAGCAAUUCGGAGAUAAGCAGCGGGUUUGAGUUCUUCACCAUAGAUCAAGCCAAAGCCAUCAUCAAUUACGUGAAGAGCAGCUUAUUCCAACAUUAUACAUUGUACGAGUAUCUUUUCCACAGUCCCAGGGAAGAACUGGUGACUGGAGAUGAGAAAGUGGUAGAGCUCGUCAUCCCGCACAGACCCCCUUGCCUGCCACCCUUGGAAGAAGGCUUACCCAUGACAAUCUACUCCAACUACGUAGCUCUGACUCCAGGGGAUGAGGAGAGGAGGAAGAGGAGGCGACCAAGGAACCAGAAAGCAUUCCUGCAGAAAAGCCAGCUGAAGAACAAGGGACUGUGGAUCCUUUGAUGGGCUACACCGUGGAGGACAUUCGCUCGGUUCUGGGCCAGCUCACCAACGACUUCAUCAGCAACAUCCAGUCUGAGAUCUACGAGAAGCUCCAAGUGCAAGAAGACACUUAUUCAGCAAGAAUAGAGAAGCUGAAGAAAGCCUGAAGCCGUCAGAACAGUGGACCGAAGGUCCUUGUGCUGGAGGGAGUCCGGAUGGCAGAGGCCUUAAGGAAGUCGGCAUUGGCAGAGGUGCCACUGGGAAGUCCACCAAGCCAAGAGAACUUGAGAGAAAUUUUGCUCCUCGUGCCAGGACUGAAACCUGGCAAAGUGCAUGUGUCCCUCUGGACUAUCCACACACCUUCUUGGAUUUGAAGUUUUGUGCCAGCUGCCACGUGCCAGCUGCUGCUCCCUCCCGUUUAACUGGUCUCCUCUCCCCUAAAUGUUUUUUAACUGUAGAUGUUCUUCCGCCUAAGCCAGGAAGCUUAUUUAACUUAAUAAAUUAAUGCUGCUUGGGGAACAGCAGGAGAUUCUGAGUUUUCAAAAAGGCCCAAUUGCUUUAUGGGUUUAUUAAGCUGCCGCCGUUUCUCUUCCUCUCCUGAAAAUAGCGUUUUAUUAGAAGCUUAACUCUGAAAUGUUGAAAAGGAAAGCACAGAGCCAUUACA